AUGCAGGCCAGUUCGAUGAUCAAGUACGAUUUCCAGGGUGCUUUCCGUUCAACACUACAUGAGCGUAUUCGUGUCGGUUUCACGACAACUCAACCAAUAUCUAACGAUUUUGGUUUCGAAAGGCAGGAGUUGAUUUAUCCAACAAAGAACUUUGGUCUCGGUCAGUACCAUAACGUGCGGUUUUCGAGAAAGAAUGGUGGGGCAACCGCAGUUUUGGAAAUUGAUGACUAUGAACCACAGGAGUACCAUUUCGACAUCAAGGAUUCGGCUGAUUCUCAAUUCAACAAUAUUGAGUACAUGUACAUCGGGAAGAACGAAACAAUGAAGGAUGGUUUUAUUGGAUGUAUCUCGAGGGUAGAGUUUGACGAUAUCUAUCAGUUGAAGUUCCUAUUGAAACAGAACCCUCCUCCAAAUGUGAAAUCUUUGGGAACUCCCUUGACGGAAGAUUUCUGCGGAGUCGAGCCAGUCACACACCCUUCAAUCAAGAUUGAAACUCGUCCUCCACCAGGAGUUGAUGAGGACAGACUACGUGAUCCCUAUGGUCCGGACACCGCUAUUCUGGGUGGUGUUCUGGCCGUAGUUUUCCUACUACUUAUUAUCAUGGUUAUUUUAAUAAGCCGAUACAUGAAUCGCCACAAGGGUGAAUAUCUGACGCAAGAAGACAAGGGAGCGGAUGCGGCUCUCGAUCCGGACGAUGCCGUCGUGCAAUCGACGACUGGCCAUCAAGUGACACAACGGAAGGAAUGGUUUAUUUAAUUAUUUAAAUUGCAGAAACAAGCUUUGG